UCCUUCUUUUACAAUUAACAGUAACAAGAAAAACAUUUCUUUUUCCGAUUAAAGAAGGCGCACACGCAGUUUCUGUUUUGGUGGUUUUGAGGGAUAAGAAAACAAAACAACGUGCUAACAAAGUAUUCCUAAUUUCAUUAUUAAAAUCCCUCAAAAUCACAAGUCAGGGUUUAUAGUUCCUUUUGUCUCCUUUUAUAUUGUUAUUGUCCAAUUUUUCUUUUUGUUUUAUUUGAUCUGAAAAUUUUUUGUCACUAUUUCGAUUUCUGUGCGGCGACUUUUGUUCCGAAACCUAAACGACCCAGAUAGCUUGAAGGGAGGAUCGAAUAGAAUCACAUUGCAGAUAUUGAACCUAGCACAUUCCAGAAAAUUUUGAUUUCUUGAUUCUUAAGUUUUGGAUUCAUCUGUGGUGAAGUAUUUAUCACAAUGUUUCAUGAAUUCAUCUGCGGCUAAGUAUUUUUAGGGAAAGUAGCAAAUUUACAUGAGGGAUCUUUUGUGAAGAAGCAAUUAUUUGGUGGUUCAUGCAAAGAUGCAAUUUGUGUUCAAGAAAGCACUGUUAUAUUUUCUGUUCUCCUUUGCAUUCUUUGGCUGCAUUUUGGCAGAGUCUGAAAGUGAAAUUCCAGGAAGGCUCAGGUCUCCCCCACAUAAAAAUGUAGGGAACAAUGUUAUAGAUGGCACCGGUACUGAGAGUUCCAUUGAUUUUGAGAGCACAAGUGGUGGACUGGGUGACAGGAAGGGCAGUCACAACAGGGUUUCAAUAUCUACUGUUGCGUUAUUUACAUUGGCCAUGGCUGCUGCUACUGGUUUAGGUGCAGUUCCAUUCUUUUUUGUAGAGCUAGAUCCUCAGUGGGCUGGGUUAUGCAAUGGAAUGGCUGCUGGAGUGAUGUUGGCUGCUAGCUUUGACCUCAUACAGGAAGGGCAGGACCAUGGUGCUGGUAAUUGGGUUGUUAUUGGGAUUUUAUCUGGUGGAGUUUUCAUUUUGCUUUGCAAGAAGUUUCUUGAACAAUAUGGGGAAGUAAGUAUGUUGGACAUAAAAGGUACUGAUGCAACUAAAGCUGUUCUUGUUAUUGGAAUUAUGACUCUCCAUUCAUUUGGUGAGGGCUCUGGUGUUGGAGUUUCCUUUGCUGGCCCAAAGGGUUUUUCUCAAGGGCUUUUGGUAACUUUGGCAAUCGCUGUGCACAACAUACCAGAAGGAUUAGCUGUGAGUAUGGUUCUUGCGUCAAGAGGUGUUUCUCCACAAAAUGCAAUGUUAUGGAGUGUAAUUACAUCGCUGCCUCAGCCAAUUGUAGCAGUUCCUUCAUUUAUAUGUGCUGAUGCAUUUAACAAAUUCCUGCCUUUCUGUACUGGUUUUGCGGCUGGAUGUAUGAUUUGGAUGGUCAUUGCAGAAGUUCUUCCAGAUGCUUUCAAGGAAGCCUCUUCUUCUCAAGUGGCCUCAGCGGCUACAAUUUCUGUGGCAUUUAUGGAAGCACUAAGCAUCAUGUUCCAAAAUUUCAACCAUGACUAUAAUGCAGAGGAUGCUUCAGGCUUCUUUGUUUCGUUGCUUUUUGGCCUAGGGCCAUUACUUGGUGGCAUCAUUCUUGUUACAUUUGCACUUGCAUUCCAUCUUCAGCAUGCCCUUCUUAUGGGUGCAGCAUCUGGAAUUGCCUUUGUCCUUGGUGCCUGGCGACCACUGCAGCUUCUUUUGUCUUCAAAGAUGGGAGUCCUCUCUCUUUUAUUUUUGCUGGCGCUGGGAGCAGCAUUUGUCCAUGUUUCUAGCUCUAGCAUUUUAAGUUUUCCGGGUCGCAAAAAGGCAUCAUCAACUGAUUUACCAAUGAUAACUGGCUUUCCAAUGAGUAUUCACACCCUUCAAUCAUUCCUUUCAUGCGGAGCAGUUGCCUUUCAUGCAUUGGCUGAGGGGCUUGCACUAGGGGUGGCUGCACCAAAAGCUUAUGGACUUGGUCGGCACAUGGUCCUUCCUGUCUCUCUACAUGGGCUUCCCCGUGGUGCAGCUGUUGCUAGCUGCAUUUUUGGUGCUACUGACAACUGGCACAAUGCGCUAGCAGCAGCAGCUUUAAUUGGUUUUAUGGGUCCAAUAUCUGCUAUUGGAGCCAUACUUGCAGGAAUCGACUACAGCGGUCUAGACCACAUAAUGGUUUUUGCAUGCGGAGGAUUAAUACCGUCCUUUGGAAGGAUAAUUAAGAGAGCAGUAAUGUUGGAUUCAAGGAAAGGUGGCAUCGGGCUUGCAGUCGGAGUCGGGUUUGCUACUCUCUGUUUAACGUGUACUAAGUUGGUUUGCUUGCACACGCCAUACUGCAAUUCUGCUCCAGAGGCAGUUAGAUAGAAUUUCCUUUUUUCUUUUUUUUUUUUUUGUAAGUUCAAAGUAUAGAUAUUACAUGCCAUUAUUUUGUAGACUAGCUUAGAGGACUCCUCAACUUGAGGAUGUUUUGUGAUUCUAAUGUAUACUGUAUUUGUGCUUUCUCAAUAUGUGGAGGUUAAUUUGGAA